AUGGGAAUCUUGUUUAGUUGCUUUUCGGAUGAAUAUGAAGGAGAACAGGAUCCGUUGUUAGAAAACCAAUUGGGCUAUAAUUCAAUACGAAGCACCAUAGAAGACAGACAUGCCCUAGAACAGGAGCUGCAGCAGCAGUUGCUUCAACGUGAGCAGGAACUUACAGAAAUUGUUAAUAAUACCAAUGACAAGCUUAUAGAUAUUAGUAUGAUUAGUAAUAGUGGUAUCGUUGUACAGAGUCAGGACUUAGAAGAACAAGAUUCCAAAAAUACCGUAGACGGUCGUUUUAACACCUUAGAUUCCAGUAAAGUCCCACAUGAACUUCGAAAGAAGGUUGGGAAACUACACAAAGAUCUAUUUCAAGAGUUGGAUAAGGAACUCAUUGUCACGAAUGAUGAACCCUUAAUAGUAAAGUUAUAA